GCUUAAUUCCUUCGAUCCUCGAUCACUUGACCAGGGUUCCUUUGAAGUUGGACGUUCCGUUCAAAGUUGAACUGUGAGAGAGCGAGCGAACAAAGCAGGAGCAAACAGGUCAAACUCGCCGCCCGCCCGUGCGAUCUCCGCAAGAUCGCCGUAAACAGGAUCGCAUUUCCGCUACGCCUCGUUACAUCCGUCCACUCCAUUCCUCCUACCACUAUUCAAGAUGAUGGACGACGAAGACGACGAUUUCUACGAUCCCGCCGAUACGGUUCCGACCCCUCAGCACCAGAAUGGUGCUCAGAAUCCCCCUGCGGACAAUGACCAAGAGGAAUACGAGGAAGAAGAGAUAGAAGUGGAUGAAGAUGAUGAUGACUUCAACAUUAUCACCGAGGCGCCCGCCGAUGCGCCACCUCCAGAAGCCCCUCAUCCUCGUCAUGCCAAUCUACGCGCGGAUUCGCAACGACCCUCAUCUGUAGAAUCUCCUCCUGCCCCAAAACCCUCAACGCCCUCCCUCACGCCGAAAGUCGAAUCCGUCACUCCAGUACCUGUCAGCGCAAGACCUGCCGUCCCUCAAAAGCCGGGCUCGGCGUACCCUCCAGUGCACGCGUCCACGAUCGACGUUCACGCCAACCCCGUGCACCCCACGACAGGCAAACCGAUCCUUCUGACUGAUAUGGACUCGGACUUUCCGGAAGACGAUAAGCCAUGGCGGCGGCCAGGAUCCGAUAUCACAGACUACUUCAAUUACGGGUUCGACGAGUUCACGUGGGCCAGUUACGUGUUGAAACAACAGGAGUUGCGGAAGGACAUCCUUGACCAGAAGAAACAAUUGGACGAUAUGCAAGCUUUCCUAGGCAUUAUGCCGCCGAUGGCUGGUGGUCCAGGUGGUCCAGGCGUUCCCCCAAGCAGCGCGGCACCUCCAAUGGCCGGUAUGCCCGGUCUGCCGGACAUGUCGCCAGAAAUGAUGCAGGGUAUACUUACAGGCAUGAUUGCGCAAGGCCUGGAUCCCACGUCAAUGGACCCCAUGACAUUCAUGCAACAUGCCCAGGCGAUGAUGGGCGGACAAUCCGGCGCAGGCGGCGGACAGCAGGGCCAACCUGGUUUUGGAGGUCAAGGUGGUGGCCAACCCCAGAUGGGUUAUGGAGGUGGUGGCUUUGGUGGUGGAGGCCGUGGACGGGGAAGAAGAUGCUCGGGAAGGGAGCGGGUGAUGUGCCAAUCUGGAGAUGCUGGGUCUUUCCUCCGCAACGUCAAGAACCUUGCUCCCCUCCUGGACCGCGUUCUGGUCCAGCGUGUCAAGCCCGAGGCCAAGACCGCCUCCGGUAUCUUCCUCCCCGAGAGCAGCGUCAAGGAGCAGAACGAGGCCAAUGUUCUCGCCGUCGGCCCCGGUGCCGUUGACCGCAACGGCCAGCGCAUCCCCAUGGGCGUCACUGUCGGUGACCGUGUCCUCAUCCCCCAGUUCGGUGGUAGCCCCAUCAAGGUUGGUGAGGAGGAGUACACCCUCUUCCGCGAUUCCGAGAUCCUCGCCAAGAUCAACGAGUAAAUUGGACUAGCCAAAUCUUGUUCAACGCUUGUUGCCUUUUGUUUUUCGGAUUCUCAAAGCCGCCUAUAACGUGUAUUAUACCUCUGUUCGCAAAAUCAUGAGCUUCUGCCAUCCAGCUCUUCCUUGAAAAGCCCCACUAUAAAAACCAGAUUCCGACGAGCUACGGAGAUGGGGUCUUCUGGUCCUUCUCUCCUAGUGUUAGCGUUGGGGUCUAUUCCAAUGUCCUGCUGUGCGUUUAUUGUCGAAAGCGUGAAAUGACUGUCUUGCAUACCACACGAUGUAUUUCCCACCUGUCACUACUUUGCUCGGUAUCAUCGUGCCUCGAGUUUUUGGCACGAUGGGAGUAUGUAAUAUGAUAUGAUAAUCUCCUCUCUUUGAUUACGUUCAUGUCUCGUGUAUGGUGGGGUCUAGCGACAGGCGACUCUAUAGCUCAUGAGCUAGAAGCAUGGU